UAAUAUUAAACGUUAAUAUGACAACGGCCGAAGCCGAAAGACCUGUUGGCAGUGCCAGCAGCAGCAGUUCGAAUGCCAAUCAGCGGGGUGUCAGUCGUGUACUUGCAAAGUUAUCCCAUUCGUUGGCGGAGGGAGAGUUCUAUGAAGCCCAUAUGAUGUAUCGAACGUUAUAUUUUCGUUAUACGGCCCAGAAACGUUACCAGGAAUGCUUAGAUUUGCUAUUUGACGGCGCACAGAAACUAAUCGAGAAGGAACAGGAAGGAAGCGCUGCGGAUUUGUGUUUAUUGCUGGUAGAUACGCUUGAGAAGCGUGGGCAACCAGAGAACGCAGACAAUUUUGAGUGGGUACCCCGGUUCGGUGGACUAAUACGCGGCUUAAGCGCAACUACAGUGGAACGAGAGACACUAAUCCAUCGCGUUGUCAAAUGGAGCACCUCUGUGCAUGGUCAGUUCGGACAUCCGGUAUUGCACAAGCUAAUAGCACAUGUGUUCUGGACAGAGGGCAACAUUGAGUCGGCACGUCAUCAUUAUUUACUCUGUCAGGAUGGAAGUCUUUGUGGACGUGUGCUGAUUGAAAUAAGUCAGAGUAAGGGCUUCCACAGGGAAGUGGAUUUGUUUUUGGUGCAAGCCGUGCUGCAGCAACUAUCAUUGAAAGAUCGAAAAACAGCAGAUGACACGUUCAUCGAGUAUACACGAUACCAUCCGAAACUGUCAAGGCAUGAGUUCCCCUACAAGGAACCAUUGAUCAAUUUUCUGUAUUUUUUGUUGCGAUUGAUCGAAACGAAGAGCGUGGUUGGUUUUCGCGCCUUGCGCAAACUAUAUGACCCUUCCUUAAAGCGCGACUCUUCCUACAACAAAUAUCUAACGAAAAUUGGAAUAACAUACUUUGAUGAGCAGCCAGAGCAGGUGCAUGCUGGACCCUCUGGACUUGGUGGCAUGUUUGGUGAUAUCUUUAACCAGCUUAUGCAAGGUUUUGAUGAUGAUGAUGAUGUGCAAAGCAGACCGACGCGACAACGACAAAACGCGAAUAAUGAACUGGACUAACAACAGAUGCCGUCGCCGGACUACUAGUCUGGUAAAGUCAACGGGAUUCAUUGAUAAAUUGAUAUAUACACCGGGGCUUUCUUUGUAAUGUUAUUAUAUAUUUGCUAAUUAAAAUUUUGCUGGUAGCUGCAGUAAUAAGCAUA